AUGGUCGCCAACGCGACCGCCGAGUGGCCACGAGACAUGGUGCAGCUGUUUACCCCGCGCGGCCUCACUGUGCCAUUUUCAACUGACAUGACACGACCGACUCUUUCCAGCAGCAGCCACGGCGGCGCCGGCCACUGGCACUCUCUCUCCGUGACGCCACGGACGAAUGGGUCGACAAGUGGCCGCCCGACCCCACGCAGCGCCACCGCUGCUUCUGCCGCAACCCUAUCCUCAACCCUAUCCGCAACACCGACCACCCCAGGUAACGGGUGCGGCGUUGGGGGGUUUCUGCAAGCAUCCGCCCGCUCCACGCCCUCGCUGGCGACGCCGCGUGCCUCUGAGUUUCAUUUUAGCGUUCAUCUUCUCACAGGUAAGCAGGCGGAUGCCAUAGUGGCGGCGGCUGGGCUGUUCACGGCCCGCGCCGUUGAGAAGCUCUUCCUCGACUGUGCCGAGUUCGAUCGAAGACUGUUUUACAACUUGAACGUGGCUAAGUUAAAGGUCAUGGCCGGCGGCUACGGCAUGCACCCCAGCCCUGACGUCACUUCUGGACGUCACGGCAGCGGUAGCGGCAGCAAUAGCACGAAUGCUGCUGCAAGGAAUCCACGCAAGAGCCCCAAGGCGUCACUGAGCUCGAGAGGGGGCGCCACUACCUCGACGGCGAUAACAGGCAACACGACGAGCAGGGAUGUGAACAACUCCAACAGCGCCCCGAGUACGUCUCGACAGUACCGUACAGCCAUGCUGGAGGCAUCGAAGGAGCUGCGACGGGAGCUGCUUGCUGUCACACGCCUCAGCUCGGUCACAGUGCCCGUCCCGUGCUUUAACAAGCGCAGUAGCGACCACGUGACAAGCACAGUGGUGUCCUCGAAUCCUGCGGAGCUGUAUAGUCUGAACGCCGUCUACCGCGUCUUGAGUGGCGUCCGCGUCGGAACACCUCGCUGGACGCACACAGGCGACGUAGUCAGCGCACUGAACUCAGCGCCCUACUCCGUGCCUGGUGGUGCAUCCGCAGCGGUCGCAGGUGGGUCAAGUUCAGGCGCAGCCAUGCUUGGAGCAACGGGCCCGUGGUACGUUGACCCACUUUUGUCCUUCCGUCCACCACGUCGCAGCGUCCACGGCGACGGCGCGGCCCCCAGUGCCACUACUCCCUCUGGCACAAUGGCGUCGAUUCCCUCCUUGAACAUCUCCAGCUGGCUACAGGGACCCCAGCCCCUCGACGUGCAUCGGGCGGCACGGGCCGCUCCCGCAGCAAUGGGAUCCUCAGGUUCAGCACAGCCCGCUGCAACUGGUGCAACGACCCCCCGCAUGGGCAGAACACCACGACGCGCAUGGGUACCGCCCUCCACGUCACGGACACCUUCACCGCCACAGCUGCCCUCGCUCGCGUUGGGCGUGCUGAGCGACGAUCACCGAGUUGGUAGAGUGACUCCGCCAGGUGCCGCGUUCACCUCUCCAACCACGUUGACCUUGACAGCGUCUACCGCAGAAACCCACGCCUUCAGCCUCCCGCUCAGCCUACUUUGCUCUGCAACGCCAGGCGGCGCUGCAAACGUGUGCUCGACAAAGCACAGCGCCUCUGCGGAGCAAAGCAUUACGGAUGCGUCGUCUUUAGUCUCACCCGCAGCAGCGCUCCCACCGCUACAGCUGCUUAACACGGAAGCGAGCGUGAAAGGAGAGGAGACGGUGCGGCGAACUAGCAACCCUGUCCCAACAGCAGACGCGCUUUCUCUUCCGCGCGGUCAAGAGGACGGUGCGCAGCCAGACGGUUGCGCUGCCGAGUGUUGUCACCACACCCGGCACUACCAUCACAGUCAUGCCGGCGGAGGUGCCCAGGCCAUGGACGGAAUCACCGGUCAUUACGAUAUCGGCGCCGAGGGCGUCUCCGCGAAUCGCAACGGAGAGGCAUCCGCACUGCCUCCGGUAGAGGACGCCGAGUACAAUGAAGUGUACGUCCAGCAGGAACGAGCGCAGCGGCUGAAAGCGUCGCAGCCAGUGGUGACGGAGGUUUUGCCAUACCUGUUUGUUGGCGGCGAGGACGCCGCGCGGGAUCGAGCGCAGCUCCUCCGGAAAGGCAUUACCCAUGUUGUGAACACCGUCAGCUGCUGCUGCAGUAACUUCUACCCAGAACUCUUCCGGUACUUCACGCUCAGCCUGAGCGACGCUGCUGAUGAGCCGAUUUUCUCCCUCUUUGCCGUCGUCAACGCCUUCAUCGAGAACGCGCUGGAGAGGCAUCAGGGCCGAGUCUUCGUACACUGUCAGCAGGGCGUAUCGCGCUCGUGCACGUUCAUCAUUGCCUAUAUCAUGUGGAAGAAGGGGCUGUGCUACGACCGCGCUUACGAGCUCGUGCGGGCGCGGCGAAACGUGUGCAAUCCGAACCUCGGCUUCUUCAUGAACCUUCGUCUCUGGGAGGCGCAGCUGUCAACGCCUCUAUUGAACAGCGUGUUUGCCUACGCUCCCUACACUUCCACGUCGCCGAUGCCCUUCUGUUACCAGCUGACCGCGUAUUUCGACUGCGCCACGUCUUCCACUGUCGCCGGCGCCGCUGCGUCGUGUUCUACCUUGCCAUUGCCUGUAUCGUCGUCGUGCUCUCCGGAGGGGCGGUUGCCUGGGUUCCUCUCCCCACGUGACAAGGAAGCACACAAGCAGCUUCGCCACGAUGUCCUGACGCGCGCAACCGACAUGAGUGAUGCGCCACAAGCGCUUCCCAGCACGUUGUCGCUGGAUCCGCGCUUGGCUUAUCUGUUUCUCUUCGCACCAGGUGCGCGAGCUGCGGACAGAACCAGCCGCUCCAAUAGCCUCUGCACAGACUGGCGACGAGCAAAGGAGAAGGGCCAUCAGCGGCCACGGCUCGCUCGGAGCACCAACGUGGGUCCCGGUGCUGGCACCUGCAGCGACGAGGACACCAGCGCCGUGACAGGAUGCGUCGUCAUGGGACCACAUUGUCUUAAUAAGGUCUAUACUGAACGCGCUCUUACUGCCUGUCGGCAGCUACUGCGCUUCAACUUUUACAACGGCGAGGCGCGCACAAGCUUGACUAACACUGGGAGGGUGGUGCACUUCCACCCGAUGCGGCCGGUGCGACUGCUGCCAACUUUUUCAGCGACUUGCCCACCGUCCACCUCUUCUCCGUUUCCGCCCACCACUGCGGCUGUGCCGGUGGAGGUGGCGCAACAGUUGUUGUGGACGCGUGUCUCAAGUCAACUUUACAUCCGAAUGGCACAACAAUCGCAGUGGGAUGCGCUCUUGUCAAACACGCAACUUGGCGCCAUGCUGAGCUACUAUAUCGCCGAGGAGGAUCGGCUCGACUCCAGAGAAGCGGUGCGGCGGAACGCGCGCGAAAGAGCCACCGAGGGCAGUGGCUUGCAUAGCAGCAGCAGCAGCAGCAGCAGCAGCAGGGUUGCAGCUGGACGACCGACAAGCGCGACGGGACGCACGACACUGGCUCCUAACCUUUCGCUACCCGUGAGCCCUACUGCGUUGACAUCAUCCUUGCUCCGCACCGGGCGGCGCACACCUCGAACGCCGCGACAGCUACACACAUCGACCUCCGGCAACAGCGGCUACCACCGGCGGGGGAAAGAGAGCGCUAAGCUUGCGAGCAGUGAUACUGCAUACUGGUCGUCGACUGGCACCUCCUCAUCGCAGCGCCGUAGCUUUUCUGGUAGCGCGCCAGCUGUCGCCUCCACCUCAGUACCGCAGUCGGCGGUAGGUCAGCUUCAACAUGUAACUCUGCUUCCCAUUGCUUCUUCAGCUUCUGCGGCGGCAUUCCCACCGCACAUGGAGUCUGCCGGAGUUUCUCUACCGCUACAGGGCAUCUCAGGGCUAUCACUUGCUGCUGCCGCUGCUCACAAUGAGAACGGACCAACGCACGUGGCAGUGCGCAUGGCUGAGGGGGAGAGCUUUGCUUACGCCUACCCGUUUACGGCGUCGGCGAAAGUGACUAUUUCGGACCUAGACGAUCUCGAAGACGACCAGUGCUACGUGCUCGGUUUCCAGCAGCGCACUGGCACCUUCGUCUACCUGUGGCGUGGCACCGACGCAGCGGAGAGCUCGACCGACGUGGUGAGCGCGUUUGUGCGGCAGCUGCUAAGUGCCAGCGACCCGGCAGGGCAGGCCACGGUAGCCCGGGCGCUGAAAGCUGGGGAAUGGGCCACCUGCAGCCUCAACUUCCCUCGUGGCGACGACGGCGCCGCCGCUGCCAGUGUGGCGGACAAAGCUGACGUGGCGACAGAGGUGCUCGCAGGUGUGCGUGUGUUGUAUGUCGAGCAAGGCAACGAGCCAAAGGAGUUCUUCACUCUCCUGUAA